CUCAAGGGUUGAGAAAAUGAUUGCGGCUCCUGGCGGCGCUGCCAGGAGCGACCGACGCCAGCUGCCAAAGUACGCAGCGCCGAUCGUCGAUGAGAGAAGCCUGUCUGCAGGAGCCUGGACCCAUGCAGGCGGAGGCGCUGCCACUUGGCGAGUCAGGUGCGCCGUUGCCGCCGGCACCGAGCAAGCGCAUGGCCAAGCAGUUGGUGAAAACUCGGUUUUGCAAGCACUUCCUGAGAGGCUAUUGCCGGUACCAGGACAAGUGCGGCUAUGCGCAUCAUGACGAGGAGCUGGUCCCUCGGCCCAACUUGGCCAAGACCAAGAUUUGCAUGAGCUUCUUGGCGGGGAACUGCCAGAAUGACGCCUGCAAUUACGCCCACGGCCACACGGAGCUGCGGGCAGAAAAUGGCGAGGCCCUGGACGUAGCAGGCCUUUCGGCAGACGGAAGGCAAGCUGCUGAUGACUUUCAGAGCCAGCAACUGCAAAUGCUGCAAGAGCUGCAGCGCUCAAUGCAAUUCCCGGGGACGCCAGCUCAAGGCCAAAGUUUUACGCCUAUGCAACCUCAGCAGCAGCAGCAGCAGCAGCAGCAGCAGCAGCAGCAGCAGCAGCAGCAGCAGCAGCAGCAGCAGCAGCAGCAGCAGCAGCAGCAGCAGCAACAGCAACAGCAACAGCAACAGCAACAGCAGCAACAGCAACAGCAACAGCAACAGCAACAGCAGCAGCAACUUGAGUUGCAGUUGAAACAGCUGCAGCAACAACAGCUGCAACAACAGCUGCAGCAACAAAUGCAGCAACAAAUGCAGCAACAGCAAGCGCAGCAGCAGAUGCAACAUCAGCAACAACCACAAUCGCAGCAACCGCAGCAGCAGCAUCCGAUUUCUCCAGCAGCGCCUGUGCAGGCGCAGCAGUUGCAGCAGUUUCAGCAGGCGCAGCAAUUGCAGCAGUUGCAGCAGGCACAGGCGCAGCAGGCACAGCUGCAACAGCUGCAGCUUCAAGCGCAACUGCAGCAGAGAGACCACUCGCCAGACUCGCAGCAACAAUUGCAGCCGUCUUUUCAGCAAGGGCCCGCUACAGCACCCAUGGCUCCGAUGACUCCAAUGGCUGCGAUGGCUCCAAUGGCUGCGAUGGCUCAGAUGGCUCCGAUGGCUCCGAUGGCUCUAAUGCUCCCGAUGGCUCCGAAAGCGGCAAUGGCGCAAACUGCGCUGGCGCCAGGCGCGGUGCCAGGCGCGGUGCCAGGCGCGGUGCCAGGCGCGGUGCCAGCGUGGGCAGUGCCGCCGGCGCCGGAGCCAACGCCACCCUUGCCACCCACCUCUCCCUUGCCAACUGGAGUCCAGCCUUCUGCGCCCGUGGCAGAGACUUCUGCGGCGCAACCUUUGGCGAGGCCGCCUGGUACCGAACCAUGUGCUCAGCGGCUGGACUGGACACAGCCAGCGGAAGGUCAGGCUUUCCAAAGGCAUCGGCUGGAGGAGGCAUUGGCCAGCCUGGCACAAGAGCGGGCGCGGCCAGAGGACUUCGGCACGCUCAGGGAGAGGGCACCAAAGAUGAGUCCAGUCCCAGAGGUGCGGCUGCAACCUGAGGCGUUGCCUCUUGUGCGGGCUGGAAUGGGUCAGGCAUUCUCAGCUGGUCAGGAUGCCGAGUUGUUUCACCAGGUGGCAAAAGCAGUGCUUGGGCUGCUCGCGGAAGAGGAGCAGAUGGAGCGCUUUAUGACAGCAAACGAGGUGACGCCUAGCUUCGCAUGUAUGAGGUGGGCAUCCAUCUCAAGCCGCCUGCUUUCGUCCAAGCAGCAGUUGGCCUUGCUCGAGGGCAAGUGUUUGCUCUCCCACAGCCAGCAUGAGUCUCUCAACGGCGUGGAGGAGCAGCUGGUCCAAUACAUCUUUUUACGAAGUCCAUCGUGGGUUGCCGCCUUUCCACAGCUGGCCCAGCGCUGCACCCGGCUCCUGGCGGCCCGCCUUUCGCAGGAGCUGCCUUUUGCCCAGGCAACGAGGGCGAAGAAAUCUGGUGCCUGCAGCGCGCUCCACCAGAAGCGGCCGGACACCUUUCAUAGGAAUCAUCAUCAUGGCGUCGCUGUGAGCGGCAUGCAUAUGAGGCGAAAUUUUGAGAUUCCAUCGCGAUCUGCUCGCACCAUGAACGAGCUGCCUGCGAUGGAUCCGAAUGUGCGAGACUUCUACAUCCUGUCGGCCGAUGCGUUGCCCCCACCUCCAGGCUUGAGCCUGGAUGACUAUGAGGACGAGGAAGAGGAGGAUGAGGAUGAGGAUUGAUCACAGGUUUCUUGCAUGCAUUUAUAGCCAGAUUUAUGACCGUAGCUAUUGUAGCUUUGAGUCCCGGUGUCCGCGGUGUCCCACAUAUGCCUUGGAAUGCGGGCGGACUUUUUUAUGAGACGAGGGCAUCGCCUAGCAGAUGGAGUGCUUGGGCUCUCAUGGAACUGAGAGCCCAAGUCUGGUUUUUGCUCCCGGCACUUGGCUUGCCAUUGGGCGAUGAGUCUGGCAGCUGGGACACCCUCAC